AUGAAUACAUGUGACCAUGGAUUGACCGCGCCUUCCCUCCCGCCUCCCUUCCCGUCUCGCCCACGUCUCACCCUACUUAUUCUCCCCCCACUCCCUCUUUUCCCUCCCUCCAAUAAUCGGCGCCCUUCCCCCCCUUCCCUGCUUUCGCCCAUCCCCCCUGCUUCCCCCCAUCCCCUUCCCUGCUUCACCCCAUCCACUUCCCUGCUUCCCCCCAUCCCGUGCCCUGCUUCCCCCCAUCCCCUUCCCUGCGUCCCUCCGAAGUCUCACUCUUUCCCCUUAUCCCAAGCCCUGCUUCCCCCCAUCCGCAUUUCUGCCUCUUUCCCGCCUCCCCGUCCGUGCUUUCCCAUGUCCCCUUCCCUGCUUCCCCCCAUCCCCCUCACUGCUUCCCCCCAUCCCCCUCCCUGCUUCCCCCCAUCCCGUGCCCUGCUCCAACCCAUCCCCUUCCCUGCUGCUCCAAUGUCCCCUUCCCUGCUUCCCCAUGUCCCCUUCCCUGCUUCCCCAUGUCCCCUUCCCUGCUUCCCAAUAUCCCCUUCCCUGCUUCCCCAUGUCCCAUUCCCUGCUUCCCAAUAUCCCCUUCCCUGCUUCCCCAUGUCCCAUUCCCUGCUUCCCAAUAUCCCCUUCCCUGCUUCCCCAUGUCCCCUUCCCUGCUUCCCAAUAUCCCCUUCCCUGCUUCCCUCUGUCCCCUUCCCUGCUUCCCUCUGUCCCCUUCCCCCCUUCCCAAUGUCCCCUUCUCUGCUACCCCAUGUCCCCUUCCCCCCUUCCCAUGUGUGGGUGUCUACGUUGUUUCGUCUCGCAUCCCUCCUCACGCUCCCUCUGUUUUGUCCUCUCCAACAGUCGACCCCUGGAACAACAAUACAACUCCUCGCAGGCCUCGCACACUCCCCUUCCCUGCUUCCCUUCCCUACAACAAUACAACCCCUUCCCUGCUUCCCAAUAUCCCCUUCCCUGCUUCCCUCUGUCCCCUUCCCUGCUUCCCAAUAUCCCCUUCCCUGCUUCCCCAUGUCCCCUUCCCUGCUUCCCCAUGUCCCCUUCGCUGCUUCCCUCUUACUUGCUUUCCCAUGUCCCCUUCCCUGCUUCCCUCCAUCCUCUUACUUGCUUCCCCAUGUCCGGUUACCUGCUUCCCCCCCUCCCGUUCCCUUCUUCCCCAUGUCCCCUCACAUGCUUCCCCAUGUCCCCUUCCCUGCGUCCCUGCAGUCCAUUCAGGCCAAUGCACUCCCCCCACCUCCUUCUAUCUGCAUCCCCUCACAUCGCCCUCCCCAUCCCCCUCCCCGCCACCAGGCGCGCGCCCUGCUAGCAUGCCAUCGGGAGGGGCAUAUCCGUGGCACCUCUGUGGCGCGCACAUCGCCCUGUGAUGCUGGCUACUACACCGCACAUCACCGUCAGCUGCUAUCCAUUGAUGCAGGCGAAGACGGAGGUGGAGGUGUACCUGCUGCUGCUGGACGACCAGCUCGACGCCCUCGAGAGCUUCCCCGAGCUGCUCACCGCCACGCGCACUGCGCUGGGCUGCCGCUGGCACCCGACGAGUACCUGGCGCGGCGUUUCUUCCUCUCGCAUGCGCCUCGCGUUCCCCCCCCUCUCUGCUUCCCCUCGCACGAGCCUCACCUUUCCCCUCCUCUUUUCUUACUCUCGCACGCGCAUCACGUUUCCGCUCAACAUCUCUCCCCCUCUCAUGCGCCUCACAUUUCCCCUUCUCUCUUCCUCCUCUCUCAUGCGCCUGACGUUUCCCCUCCUCUCUUCAUCCUCUCUCAUACGCCUGACGUUUCCCCCCUCUCCCCUUCCUCAGGCAUGCGCCUCACAUUUCCCCUUCUCUCUUCCUCCUCUCUCAUGCGCCUGACGUUUCCCCUCCUCUCUUCAUCCUCUCUCAUACGCCUGACGUUUCCCCCCCUCUCCCCUUCCUCAGGCAUGCGCCUCACAUUUCCCCUCCUCUCUUCAUCCUCUCUCAUGCGCCUGACGUUUCCCCCCCUCUCCCCUUCCUCAGGCAUGCGCCUCACAUUUCCCCUUCUCUCUUCCUCCUCUCUCAUGCGCCUGACGUUUCCCCUCCUCUCUUCAUCCUCUCUCAUACGCCUGACGUUUCCCCCCCUCUCCCCUUCCUCAGGCAUGCGCCUCACAUUUCCCCUUCUCUCUUCCUCCUCUCUCAUGCGCCUGACGUUUCCCCUCCUCUCUUCAUCCUCUCUCAUACGCCUGACGUUUCCCCCCCUCUCCCCUUCCUCAGGCAUGCGCCUCACAUUUCCCCUCCUCUCUUCAUCCUCUCUCAUGCGCCUGACGUUUCCCCCCCUCUCCCCUUCCUCAGGCAUGCGCCUCACAUUUCCCCUUCUCUCUUCCUCCUCUCUCAUGCGCCUGACGUUUCCCCUCCUCUCUUCAUCCUCUCUCAUACGCCUGACGUUUCCCCCCCUCUCCCCUUCCUCAGGCAUGCGCCUCACAUUUCCCCUUCUCUCUUCCUCCUCUCUCAUGCGCCUGACGUUUCCCCUCCUCUCUUCAUCCUCUCUCAUACGCCUGACAUUUCCCCCCCUCUCCCCUUCCUCAGGCAUGCGCCUCACAUUUCCCCUUCUCUCUUCCUCCUCUCUCAUGCGCCUGACGUUUCCCCUCCUCUCUUCAUCCUCUCUCAUACGCCUGACGAUUCCCCCCCUCUCCCCUUACUCAGGCAUGCGCCUCACAUUUCCCCUUCUCUCUUCUUCCUCUCUCAUGCGUCUGACGUUUCCCCUCCUCUCCUUUUCCUCUCACAUGCGCCGUCCGGUUACUCGUCCUCUCGUCCUCCUCUUUACUGCGCCUCACGUUUCCCCUCCUCUCUUCCUCCUCUCUCAUGCGCCUGACGUUUCCCCUCCUCUCUUCUUCCUCUCGCAUGCACCUCUCGUUUCCCCUCCUCUCUUCUUCCUCUCGCGUGAGCCUCGCGUUUCCCCCCCUCACUUCUUCCUCUCGCAUGGGCUUCACGUUUCCCCUUGGCUCUUCUUCCUCUCGCAUGCGCCCCGCGUUUCCCCCCCCCCCCCCCUCUCUUCUUCCCCUCGCAUGUGCCUCACGUUUUCCCUCUCUUCUUCCUCUCGCAUGCGCCUCCCGUCAUCUCUCCGCCCUCCAUCCUCUCACAUCUGUGUCUCGUUUCUCUACGUGUUUCAUCCUCUCACAUGCGCAUCUCGUUUUUCCUCCGCGUUUUUUGCCAGAGGCAUGCGCCUCCCCCUUCCCUGCUUCCGCGCAUCUUGCUCUCGCAUUUGCGAAUACGUUUUCCCUCCGCCUAUGUUCCUUCCCUAA